ACAGAAGAAGAGGAAGCAGAAGAAAAUGAUGUUGCUUCUCUGGUGUUGUGGUUCGGUAAAGUUGUGUAUAAAGUUUUGUUAAUUAUUUCAUGUUGUAAAGUGUCGCUUUGUGGUUACAAUCGUGGAUGGGGGAUACUGGUGCGGCAGCGCAAUACACGCACACACGUACACCCACGACGACCGUUUUGUGCUAGCCGCCAACCCUUGAGCGGAACGCGUGUUAAUCUCGCUUGGGAAGCUGUUGUGCGUGUGCCGCAUUUCGGUGUGUAGCAAAACUCCAACAAGGAGUUCAACAUUCAACACGUCUCACACCUAUCAAUACAGUCAACGGAUUCGGCGCAAUCAACCCAGGGAACUGAUAAGUGUGGACAAUAGACAUCCGCCGGGAAGGCAACGCAGCGUCGAAAACCCGCACGUCACGGCGAUGGCAACGAACGGCAGCGAUAUUUGCCGCACUGUCGCCGAGGCUGACCGUGGCUGUGCCGACGUUUAGCUUUUUGGCACCCAAGAUCCUCUCUCUCUCUCUCCCUUUCACUCAACUUCCUGCCUGGGAAGGACAAUCACAGGACUCCUCUAUAGUGCAAGCACGUUCCUGUAUAUAAGCAACAACACAUCGCAACGACGACGCUCUCAGGCUAAACAGACAGAAUGGAAGAAACAGAAACUCAUGCAGUAGUAGCGGGUGUUAAGCACAGCGGCAGCAUGUCCAACCUCAGCGACAUAUCUGGCAACACUGCCAUACAGGUGUCCGGGGCGAAUUCGCAUGCAGGCCAUGCCCGGCCCCGCAUGGACAUUGCGGUUGUGAUCGACUGCGAGAAGAGUGCGUACCUGAACCACCGGAAGGCCGCACUGGAGGAGGUGCGGCAGGCAUGCGCACAGGUCGGUGCCAACCUGCAGCAGCUGCAGUUCGAAAUCCUCGACUUUGGUGAUUUCAACACGCUCGAAUACUUCUACAACGCGGACGUGGUCGUGGUGGAUCUCAGCGUCCAGACGCAACAGAGCACCCUUUGCUAUCAGCUCGGCGUGCGGGAACACUUCGAUAUGAAGGAAAACAUCGUCAUCUACAACGACACGCAGCACGAGGCAACGUUGCGCAUGAAGAUCUCCUGCGGCAAUUAUCAGUUUAUCUCGUACCGGUUGCACGAGACCGGUAGCGUAAUCAUCACUAGUCCAGUCAAAGCGACCGCCGAGGAACAAACGGCACAAUCUCAGCAAACAACGCAGCAGCAACCGACACAGCAGCAGCAGCAGCAGCAGCAGCAGCAGCAGCAACAGCAGCAGCAACACAUGACAACGCUGACAACUGCCCUGCGGCGUCUAUUCCAGGACGUGGAAAUACAAUCGAAGGCACACCUGCGGGAAAAGUUCCUGGCGGAUUUGCGCAGCUUGCGGGACCAGCACGCCGGCAAUGUGGAGGAAUUGCAGCGUAUGUUGCGUAACAUGCGCAAACGCUUGGACGAUCCGCACGUGCUGUCGAAGGAGAUCGUCCAGACGUACAUGCUGUCGUUGCGCGACGUGCAGGACUACGACGCGAUGGUGCAGCUGGUGGACGAUCUGCAGACGAUACCGAACAAGCAAAACUACAUCAACACCGGCCAUAUGCACUAUCUGUACGCGUUUGCACUGAAUCGCCGGAACCACGAAGGUGACCGUGAGCGUGCGUUACGCACCUGCACGAAGGCGCUGGAAAAGAAAGAAAACCACUUCCCGGACAUGCUGUGCCUGUACGGGCGCAUAUACAAGGACAUGUUUGUCGAAUCGAACCACACGGACAAGGAAAGCCUGAAGAACGCAAUCAUCUGGUACCGGAAAUCGUUCGAGGUGCAGCCGAAUGAGUUUGCCGGCAUUAAUCUCGCGACGCUGCUCGUGAUCGACGGGAAGGACUUUACCGAUAACGAGCUGCAGCACAUCGGCAUGAAGCUGAACAAUCUCAUCGGCAAGAAGGGUUCACUGUCGCAGAUCAAGGACUACUGGAACGUGGCGACGUUUUUCGAAAUAUCGGUACUGGCCGAAAACUACGCGAAAGCGAUACAGGCAGCGGAAUGUAUGUUUAAGCUGCGCCCACCGAAAUGGUACCUGAAGUCAACGAUCGGCAACAUCAUGCUGAUCGAUCGGGCCCGCAAACGCACGGAUGAAACGGCAAGCAUGAGCAUCGAGCAGCAGAUAUUUGAGUUUUGGAUGGAGUUUUUCCUCGAGGCAACCGCACGCGAACCGUCCAGCAUGGUACGGUUCCCGAUCCUGAUACUCGAACCACAGAAGAUCUACAUGCCGAGCUACGUGUCGAUACACAUGGACGCGGAACAGAAGUCGAUCGAUAUUACCAACAUCUGUCAGCAGCACGCGAAAGGCACCUGUCUCAAGCUGCACGACUUUAACUUUCUCGCUAGCCAAAUUAAAUCGGUCAGCCUGUACAAGCGGGACGAACGGUGCGCGUAUCUGUACGUGCACCACAACUCGGACGAUUUCCAGAUGUUUUUCCCGUCGGUCCAGUGCCGGCAGACGUUCUACGAUCUGAUACUGCAGAUGACGGCCGACCAAGGGUCGGGUUUUAUCGAUCUGUCCUCCGCCGAAACAACGGCGGACGAGCUAAAGUACGAGUACGAAAUGGACGACGAAGGGCAGCGUAUGCUGCUCGGGAAGGGCACGUACGGUGCGGUGUAUGCGGCCCGCGAUCUCGCCACCCAGGUGAAGAUCGCCGUGAAGGAGGUGUACGAACGGAACACGCACGACGUGCAGCCGCUGCACGAAGAGAUCAAGCUGCACUCGCAGCUGCGCCAUCGCAAUAUCGUCCAGUACUGGGGUUCCAAGUCGGAGAACCAGUACUUUAAAAUCUUCAUGGAGCAGGUACCGGGUGGUUCGCUGUCCGCGCUGCUCAGCUCCAAAUGGGGCCCGCUCAAGGACAACGAAACGACGAUUGCAUUUUAUUCGCGCCAAAUACUGGAGGGGCUCAAGUACCUGCACGACCAGAAGAUUGUGCACCGCGACAUCAAGGGUGGCAAUGUGCUGGUCAACACGUACAGUGGCGUGGUGAAGAUAUCCGACUUUGGCACGUCAAAACGGUUGGCCGGUAUUAACCCGGCAACGGAAACGUUUACCGGCACGCUGCAGUACAUGGCGCCGGAGGUUAUCGAUCAGGGUGUGCGUGGGUACGGACCGGCCGCCGAUAUUUGGUCGUUCGGCUGUACGGUGGUCGAGAUGGCCACCGGGAAACCACCGUUCGUUGAGCUCGGUUGCCCGCAGGCGGCCAUGUUUAAGGUGGGCUAUUACAAAACCCAUCCCAACAUCCCGGAGGAACUGUCAACGGUGGCGAAAAAUUUCAUUCUGCGUUGCUUCGAGGUGGACGUCGAUAAACGGGCCACCGCUGCCGAACUGCUCGACGAUCCGUUCAUCUGCGAAAAGCACAAAAAGAUGCGCCCAUCGUUUAGUAGCAGCAGUACGAUCAGCGGAUUACCGCAUCCAUCCGCUGAAUUUUCGCGCAGCGUUAGCAUGCCUGCCGAUCGACACAAUGCGAAAACGCUCACGUCCCAGCAAAGCUCCGCCAGCUGUAACACACCCACCUUCAGCUCCGAAACAGAAGCCUCGUCGAUCCCGCCAUUAAAUUCUUCGGCCGGCUACUAUACGGCAAACCGGUCGGUGACGGAGCGGAAAAACAAACAUUCGUUCCAGCUAACACCGAUCAAGAUGCCCAAGAUGCCGAACAGUGUAAACAGCAUCGGAAACAUUGCAGAAACUCCCUCGCUGGAACUGGAUCCCGCCGAACAGACGUCGACAGUGUUCCAGCUUAAUCGGCGAAGUUCCUCCGGUGGGCUAUUGUCACCUGAGAUCGAUAUAACGACUUCCACCGCUAGCAAGCUGCCCCAAGGGGGUGAAGCGAACGAAAGUGACGGGUUCUACCUGCUAAAGAAAGACUCACAGCGGCGCCAAACGCUUGACAAGGUGCUCUGCCACGAUGUGACAAAGAUCUGCGAACUUUGGCUAACGAAGAUCGAACCGGACGCAAAUCAGGAACUCGCAAUCACCCGCGACCAUCUGCAAAUGUUGCUGAACGGGUUGCGCAAAUAUAUCGCGGAACAGCGCACCGACACGCUCGAGCAGGCGAUCGCCCAGUUGAAGGAGCAACCGAACUUUAACGCUACCGCAAUCGUGCAGCUCCAUUUGGCGCUGUACGCGUUUCAGAACACGGUCAUCACGGUGCUGCGGUCGCACAACAUCAAACCCCACUGGAUGUUUGCGCUGGAAAAUCUAGUCAAGAGUGCGGUCCACGCGGGCAUCACGAUCCUGUCGCCGAAGCUGGGCGCCAAUCUGGCCGGUAACGCACCGAACGAUGAUGAGUAUGAUGAGGAAAACAAUGACAUCGCGGUACCGUUGGUCCGUACGAUGCCGGUGAAUGGACGGCCGCAGGUACCGGGCCACCAGCAGCACGGGCGCGACGAGCGGGAUGGCAUGACGAUGGGUGUUGCGUACGAUUACGAGUACGAUGUGUACGAUCUGCCCGAGGGUGAGGAAGAACCGAUCGACGAGCUGGAGGAACAGCUAACGACGGUAACGUCCGGGCACGGUAGCGGCAGUUCCGUGCGAUCGAACAAACCGCGCGCGCGAAGCCACGGUACCGAUACCGUACCCGGCACACCGGUGCAAAAGAAAACGCGCUGGAAAGCGCUAUGCGAGCAGAUGGAGGCACUGCGGGCGGAAAAUCAAAGACUGAAGGAGUAUCUGCUGGAAUCUCAACAAUCGUACCACAGCGCGUUCCGGGCGGUGCUCGAGAGCGGUGCAUUUGCGCGCUGCCUCACCGAUCAGCUGGUCGCGCUGAUGGAGCGCUGCCUGCACGAGCACAGCACGCCCGACCUCGGUGACGGUGAGGACGGUACCAAGCGUCGGUCCAAUCUCUGGAACCGGAUGCCACCGGGCGGUAACAACAACAGCGACCAGCAGCAGAAAACGCCGCUGGACGUUGCGCCCGAGUUGAACGAAGACGACGACGAGACGGUGGGCGAUCGCCGGUUAGCGGAAUGGUUGCAAACGCAGGGCAUCAAGCGUGCCGAGUGUCGGCAGCGGAUACUGCGCGAAGGAUUCCUGUACGAUGAUUUCCUGUACGAGUUGGAUCGGGACGAUCUGCGUCGAUUGGGACUGAAGAUUGGCGAGGAACUUCGGAUUUGGAACGCGUUGAAGAAGCAUCGCAGGCUGUAUCCACCGGGCAAACGCACACACUCUAGUACGGAUACGGAUGGCGUUGAGCAUUGGCAUCUUAACAACUAUUUGAAUGACGAUCACACCGUUGGCAUCGAUACGCGAUAGGUGGUGGUGGUGCCCCACGCUUCAAGUGUCCUUUACCUGUGUCGAACUAUAGAAACAAUAGCGGGAUGUGGAAAGAGGGAAAGAUUUGGAUACAUCACAGCGUUUAAUGCAAACCUUGUGAUGAGGAUCAACUGUCUGCUCAAAACAACACACACAUAGCUUUACAUAUCUCCUCCGUUGCGCGUUUCGCCAGCGGAGGGUAAUGUAAUGGGGGGCUAACAGAAACAACAAUUCGCCACGAAGCGGCCAAGUCGGUAAAGCUUGUAAAACCCACUCCAAUAUCCUUACUACGCACAACUUCUUCUACCAUUGACUGCUUUUGAAGUCUUUACAACAACAAACACACACAAAAACACGUAAUAACACAGCGGAAACGCAAUCACAGUAGCAUUAUGACAAUAGCUAAUUAGAGUUAAUGGGGGAAUGACCCAAGGCAGCUGCAAAAAAGGUAUCGCAAUGGUUUUUCGCGAUGCAAAACUUCACCGCAUCGCGGUGUACGUACAACCCGGUUUUCGUAAAUAACAUUUAUGUUAAUAAUAAACGCAAGUGACAGAUGCUUUCUUUAUUAAUUCGUUCGCUGGCAGCCGAGCAGACGUAACGUUUA